GAGCAGGCUAGGAGUUCAGCAUGAGUAACCAUGAUGAUCUACCCUGGACUCAGAAGAGAAGAUGAAGUCCCGUCUGGUUUCUUUCCUCACUCUGCUGUCACUGUGGUGCAAUGUGUGUCACACCACUCCCCUGUUCUACAACAUAUCCAUGGAUGGCAGCGGUGAUGAGCAGAGCUGGAACUUCUUUUCCCCACCACUCGUGCGCCGGUUCACAUCUCGGCUGCUACUGGAGCCCCCACCCUCACCAACAGCAUCACCACCACCAUGAUCCGCCUGAAGGACUUUGUCCUGACCCGAGUGGUGGAUUUCCUGCAAGACAAUCUGCUCAUCAUCAUCGUGGUGACCUCCCUUCUCAUCGUCAUGGUCUUCAUCAUCUGCUGUGCUUCUGCCAUGAGUCAUAAGCGUAAGCGGAGGCCUACAAACCCCCUCCGCAGCAACCCAAGAAGUACAUGGCUGAUAAACAAGGUGGACGCAAGGAGUUCAAGCGAGUUCAGGAGAGACCGUACGCUGGUUGACCACGUCAAGAGGGUCCAGAAUCAGAGCAUGGCAUCCCCCAAGCACCUGCGCCAACCCUCCAAGGCUCUGGUGGGAGAGAAGGGGAGAGAUGUCAGGUCGUCUCCUCGCCAGGAGAGUUCAGAAAGGUCAGGGAUGGGUAGAGGAGGUGGAGAAGAGGAGAGGAGGAUGCCAAAGCACAAGGAGCAGCCCAAAGUAACAGGUGAGGAGGUGCAGCAGAAGCUCCAGUUCCAGUCAAUCCAGUGUGCACCUGCAGCCACCUGA